AUGCGGAGUACUUUAAUUGACGAACUAGCCCAGCUUCUGCUUUCCGAUGCUUAUCUUCCUGGAGCCGUGGUUCUUGCCCACUCGUUGCGUGACAAUGGAACCAAAGCGAAGAUCGCCGUCCUUUUUACACCGGAGACCUUGAAGGAGUCGACCGUCAGAGAACUCCAGUCCGUGUACGACGAGAUAAUCCCCGUGCAACUCUUAUCGAACAGCACGCCGGCGAACUUACUCCUGAUGGAUCGUCUUGACCUAGUUGCCUCCUUUACCAAAAUCGAGCUUUGGCGCCAGACCCAAUUCUCCAAGAUCGUCUACAUGGAUGCCGACGUUGUCGCGUUAAGAGCUCCCGAUGAAUUGUUGUCCCUGGAGGAAGAUUUUGCCGCAGCGCCUGAUAUUGGAUGGCCAGAUAUAUUCAAUAGCGGAGUCAUGGUUUUGCGUCCCAACAUGCAGGAUUACUAUGCCCUCCGUGCGCUUGCAGAGCGUGGCAUCAGCUUCGAUGGCGGGGACCAAGGUCUACUAAACACCCAUUUCAAAAGAUGGCACCGUUUGAGCUUCACUUAUAACUGCACUCCCAGUGGGAAUUACCAGUAUAUGCCAGCGUACAGGCAUUUUGAGAGCACUAUUAGUCUAAUUCACUUUAUUGGCUCCCAGAAGCCCUGGACGCAGUCGCGACAUGCCUUUUCUGGAGGCACUCCUUAUUACCAACUACUUGGAAGGUGGUGGGCGGAAUACGACCGUCACUAUCGAUCUCAGCCAUUAUCGCAGCCGUCGUCGUCAGCGCCUCUACAAUUUCCAUCUAAAUCACACUAUGAUUCAACAGCUACUACUCAUAGCGACACACCGUUUCACGAAUCAGUUUCGAAUGAAUUUACUCGGUCAGAGCAUUACACUACGACUCAGCAUCCGCCCGAAGCCACGUUCAGGGAACCCGCAAGUUCGUACGGAAAGACUCAUGAACAGCUUGCCGGCGAUCUGCAUGUGUUGCGACGCUCACCAGUCUCAGAAGGGUUUGACGGCACAGUACCAUUUUCAGCACCAAAUCUCAUGCAUCCCAGACCAGUACAUCCGCCAUCCAUAUCCCAAGAUCUGCGAAGCCCUCACCAUGCGCACGUUGAUCCGGUGGCAGAAAUGAGAAGCGUGGUUCCGCUCUACGUUCAUGGCGAGGAGCAGUCGUCUGUUUAUGUCUCGAUACCCAGAGAAGGACAUAAAAGCUACUCCGAGCUCCAAGCUUCGUUCUCAGCGCAGAAACCGGCUGAAUCAUACCACUCAGAGCGUGUUGAGGUUGCUGCAGCUGCACAACCUGAAAAGGGCCCUUCACCUUCACCACCGUUACAAUCACAACCACCACAACCGGAAGAGAGGCCAUUCUCUCCACCCAAAUCAGAAUGGGAUGCAUCCAGAGAUACGCAUCUAUUCCAGCCGCCGCCAUCGUACCCAGAGGCCCCGAAGAACAUGUACUAUGAGGUGCCAGCUAUUAAGCCUGAACCUGAAAGGCUAGCUCAGAUAUUUCCUUGGGAAGCCCACGCCUCAAAACCAACUCGUGUAUUCGCUGAAGACCUUGUAGAAACGACCAUUCCUACCCGUCCAGGUGGUAGCGGUGCUGACGAUGGGCAUCACGCUGAGCAGGCCCAGCCCCAGGCAUUACAGGCAACUAUUACUGAAGAUAUUACACCUAGUGUACCAACAGACUCCUGGCAGUCUUACUCAAGAGCAAAUGUAUGGGAUGAGGUUCCAGAGAUUAACCGAUAUAUUGAGGCAAUCCAACAGCGAUCCAAACCCAGCGGUAAAAUGGGCGGAAGACCAGCAAGCUUUAAAAUAACAGACUUCCCCACGGAGAUAGACAGGCCCAGCCUUCCAGUCACACCUGCACCGAUUCGCAAGUCCUUGUGGGGAAGUCAUCAGGAUGAGCACGAACACCAACAUCAUCAUGAUAAGACACCCUGCUGCCACGAGUUCCCUGCUGCAGAGGGCGUUCCGAACAAGUGCGACUGGGUGGGUGUCACGGUCGAUGUGUUUUUGCAGCUCCUGGUUGCAAUCUACUCAUAUUGGGAAUUGACAGAAUCCACUCGAUCGACUGGAAGAGUUACGACAACGGCAAUUGGGGCUAUUCAAAAACACUCCACCAGCAGUCCAACCAUCACCGGAUCUUCUUCACGAGCUGUUAGAAUCGUCCAACGAUACUGA